CCGACUCCCGGAUCUCGCCGAAGACAAUUGCAGUAAAUGAGGACAUCUGAGGAGCACGGAGCCGGGUGGCUGUGGCUGGCUUCGCCGCGCCGCGAUCGGGCGAGCGCGCGGGCGUCCCCGGAGCCGGCCGAGCCACUGCCUCCCCGCGCGCGUCGCUGAGCAGGAGCCGGAGGGACUCGAGCUGCGGCGCGGGGGCCGGGCGGGCCGGGCGGGCCGGGCCCGUGGCAGUGGAGGGGGCGGGCGGCGGACACGCAGCUGGCCAAGUCCCCGGAGCCGAUCCUCCUUCGGCACGAGCCCAGCGAUCUUUGCCGUGGAUGCUCUGCCCCGAGUGCUCCGUGCCGCGCCAGGCUUGCCAGGGUCCACGGCAAGACAUGCCCGAGCCCGGCGCUGCACCGACCUCCACUUAUCAGUAAGCAGCCAAAGGCACCAUGGUCAGCAAGGACUCCGGUAGAUGCAUACUGACGACACCAGAGCGGGAAGUGGAGCCAGCUGCCUGCCUGGCCCUGGAGAUGAGAUAUGCCCUAGACCCUAACCGGCAGAUCAAAAAGCGGAACAAAGCCCUGCAGGUGCGCUUUAAGGAUAUCUGUGAGGCUCAGAAUGAGCAGAGGGACACACAGCUGUCUUCAGGGUCUCUGGGGGAGAAGCGAGAGGCCAAGGCUGUGGCCUGUAGGACGGCCUACCGUAAGUAUAUGACAGUGCCCGCACGCCGAUCCAUUCCCAACGUCACCAAGAGCACGGGCGUGCAGACCUCACCAGACCUUCGCAAGUGUUACCAGACAUUCCCUCUGGACCGCAAGAAAGGCAGCCUCAAAGGCCUGCCGGCUGCAUCUGCCUUCAAAAGCCAGAACAAUGGGUUUCUAGCAGGUUCAAAAGAGAAGAGCGAGGCUGGGUCCAUGGAGGAACCCCGGCCUUGCAGCGCGGGAAGGAUUCACAAGACCACAGCUUUGGUUUUCCAUUCCAACGAGCAUGUGAAUGCGCUGGACCAACCUUCUGGGGUCAACUGUGCAGAGCUCUGCAAGACUCCAGACAUGCUUGGCUACCCUGAAGCUCUAGUGCAGAACUCUCGGCCUCCCUCUGAGGAGCCCGUCCACCAGCUGCAGGGGAGAGCUAAGCCGGACAGGGGCACCCUUGACUCAGAGGAGCCCACUCCGCUUACCCAUGGAAGGGUAUUUAAAACAGAGGUCGCCACUGUGUACCCGCCUGCCAUCAGUACCAGGGCCCCUGAGCCUGGCUUGUCGAACUCGGCUGCUGCCAGCCAAUGGUCUCUCUGCCCUGCCGAUGAGGAGCAGAGGAGGGCUGCCCACCUCAACGGGCUGCAGGCAUCCACAGGCUCUGCUCUGGCCUGCUCACCCCCAGUGCAGUGCCUGUCCCCAGAAUGUAGCGAACAGCCCCCGCAGAACCAGCCUAGCCCCACAGCUGGGGUGGGGGAUGAAGAACGCCAACAAAUUGUGCCUCAAACCGAAGUGGUAGACCUCAAGGCCCAGCUGCAGGUGAUGGAGAACUUAAUCAGCUCGAGCCAGGAGACCAUCAAAGUGCUGCUGGGAGUCAUUCAGGAGCUGGAGAAAGGAGAGGCCCACCGGGAAGGGCUUUCAUAUCGGACGGGGCAAGACACAGCUAAUUGUGACACGUGCAGGAACAGUGCAUGUAUUAUCUAUAGCGUGGAGCUGGAUUUUAAGCAACAGGAAGACAAACUCCAGCCUGUGCUGAGAAAACUGCACCCUGUCGAGGAAACUCAGGUCAUCCCUUCGCCUUACACUCAGGAGACUUACUCCUCCACACCCAAGCAAAAAUCCAAAACUGAGUCCAAAAAGCACGGAAGGUGGAAACUCUGGUUUCUUUAAGACUUGUGGGCUUGGGAGUCCCCAGACCGUCUUUCACACCCACUGGAAUUUAAGUCAGUCCUUUUCCAAACUGGAUAGGACCAAGGGAACUGCGGUGCCAAUGUGUGCUCCCUGCUUCUCGCCCUGCGUACCAAAAAGGCCUUCGCACCAACAAAUAAUUUGCAGCAAAGGGAGUGACGGUCACCCCUUGCCAGGUGUCUUUUGCAGAUCACCGGUGUGGGGUGUAAAGUCUGAAAUAAAACUUACGUAAUCAAAGAUAAGGAAAAAAAUCUAUCCCCUGGCAGCCCCCCCCCAUCUAUGAACAAGUAUUGAGUUAUCAACGUUUCAUGCAGCAGGCUGUCCCUCUGUAGACAGUGGAACUUUUCAU